AGCAGACACAGAGGCAAGUUACUUGACCACAUUUGAAAAUAUAAAACCAGACCGAGAUCACCAUCCGAAAAAGUCAAGCACAAUUUCUUGAUGUACUCUUGCUCUUGGGCAAAAUGCCAAAAAAGCAAAGCAAGCCAGACAAAAGUGGGGACAUCCCCCCCCCGGUCCAAAAGGAGAAAACCUAUCGAGUCAGGGAUCAGCUGCAGCUGAAGUUGUGGGCAGAUGUCCAGCUGGAGUUGAGCCGUCUGCUAACAGAGGAGCUGCCUGCUGAGCCCCCUCGUCCAGAAAAGGACAGAGUAGUGUUCUGUCAGCGCGUGGCCGUGCGUUACGUGCGCUACAUGCAAAUCUACAAACAGCUGGAGACGAUCUAUGACCAGGUGGUCCACCCUCAGAAGAGACGAACGAUUCGGGCCAUUCUUGAUGGUGUGAUAGGGAGGCUCUUGGAGCUGAAGAACGAAAUGGUGGAGAAGGAGUUUUCAGAGUAUCACUACAUGGAUGACAUCCUUCAUUACUUAAAGCUCAGACCUGAAGACCUUGAGAUCCCUAUCCCUCGCUAUCUCAUCACUGAAUGCAGCACAGAACACCAAGAACUAAAGUUAAUGGUGACAGACAUCCUGAAAAUGGUGAAAGUUACUGAAAGCCCAGAACCUUUAAGGGUCAAGGACAUGAGCCCAGAGGAGGCCAUUAAGAUCAUUCAAAUCGCAGAGCGGGCCCGCCAAGGACGUCUGAGGGCAAAGUUGAAUGAAGAGAGCAGAAAUAUGAACAUGAUGUCCAAGACCAAGGAGUCUGGAAAUGCUGCUAUUGACAUGGCUGCAGUCUGCAUUCAGAAGGUGUGGAGGGGCUACGUAGAGAGGAAGAGGAUAAAGAUUGCUCGGGAUGAAGAAAUGAUUUUUCUUGGAAUGACCAUGGAUCCAAAAUACCAGGUGCCGUGCCCUGCAGAAGUCACUGCCCAAGCCAGUGAAGCUUGCACAAGGAUGAAACAGCAGGAGCAUGAGGAAGAAUAUCAAAAGUCAAUGGUAGCUGCCAAAAAACAACUGCAAGAUAUAGAGGGUCAUGACAUUACCAAAACGAUGAAAGACCAAAUCCGGCAGUGGUUCAUUGAAUGUCGUGAUGCUACUGGCUUAUUUCCAGACUACCCUGAUGAAGAGGAUGGAGGCUCCUCUCUCAUUUUUGUAGAAAAGACCCCUCAGCAGUUAAUGGAGGAAAUUGCUGCAAAGGAAGAGGAGGAGGCAAAGAGCAAGCUAGAAGCGAAGGAUGACAAGAAGGACAAGGCGAAGAAGGACAAAGGGAAAGUGGAAGAAGAAGAAGAAGAGGACGAUGGGUUAAAGAUGCUACCUUCGGCUUUUCUGUCAGACUUGGAAGUAGGAAACAAAAAUUUUGUAGAUUUUUGGCAAUCCCGCAAUGAGUCCAAAAAUUUCAUUCAGAGGCAUGAUGUGGAGCUGAUGAAGGAAGAAAAGAGGAAAGAUGUUGAGGCAGAGAUUCGAGUACAGGUGGAUGAGCAGAUGAGACAAGAGCUGACUGAAUGGAAGCUAGUUGUGGAUAAAGACAAGGGUGGUAAGGCCAAAGGAAAUGCCAAGAAAAAGAAAGAGAGUGGAAAGAAGAAGAAAAAGGAGAAGGAUCUGACUGCUAAAAGGACUCUUGAGUCUCUGUGUCAGGAGCUGGUGGAACAGGGCUUGUUGAAAAAGCCCAAAAAUGUUGGGCUGCAGGAUUACUUGGGUGACUAUAGCUAUUUUGGGACAACACUGAGGCAAUAUGGUAUCGGGCCCAUGCCGUCAUUGUCAGACGUACGACAAGUCUUAACUCUAUAUGGAAUUUUUCCACUACGCUCUCAGGAGGUUCAUGAGAAGGCUCCUCUGAUAAAGGCCAUCCUACUGACAGGGCCGGCAGGUGUGGGUAAGAAGAUGUUGGUCCAUGCAAUCUGCAACGAGACAGGUGCCAACCUGUUCGAUCUGUCACCUCUGAACACAGCAGGAAAGUACCCAGGCAAGAGUGGCCUUGCCAUGAUGCUUCACAUUGUCUUCAAGGUUGCGAGGCUGCUGCAGCCCUCAGUGAUAUGGAUUGGAGAUGCAGAGAAAAUGUUCUACAAGAAAAUUCCCAAGGAAGAAAAAGAGUUAGAACCUAAGCGGUUGAAGAAAGAUUUGCCCAAGUCCCUUAAAUUGAUCAAAGGGGAAGAUCGUGUUCUGAUAGUUGGAACAACUAAAGACCCACUAAGUGCUGACAUUAAGACACUGUGUAAAAUGUACAGCAAAAUCAUCCUCAUCCCAAGACCUGACUAUGGCUCAAGAUGCAUCUUGUGGAAGCAACUGAUCACAAAGCAGGGAGGUGAGGUAACUAAGGCCUUGGACCUCAGCUCUUUAGCGCAGAUUUCUGAUGGCUACACUCCAGGUCACAUGGUCCAGGUGAUCCAGAGUGUUGUCACGAAGCGUCGCAUCAUGCAGCUGCCAAACCGACCCCUGACUGCAGCUGAGUUUAUUGCCCCUUUAGCCAAGAUCCCCUCUGUUUCUCGGGAAGAGGAAAAGGCCUUUAAAAGCUGGUUUGAAAAGACCCCUCUGGAAAAGAAGAGGAUUGAGGCUGCCGCGGGACCCGUGGAGGAAGAAGCCCCGGUAAAAGGCAAAGAUGCAAAGAAUAAAGGGAAAAAAUAAGUUUGUCAUCAUGUUUUCAUUGUAGCUCAAUGUUGUUGAGCUAUAACUGAAGCUUGUAUGUGAAUUGCCGACACUGUCCCAUUUGAUCACCAUAAAAUAAAUAAAACAUGUAUUUUCCUAC